AUGAAUGGUCCAUCCAAAUCUCGUUUGUUGCACAACAUCUUGGUGAGACACGCCGACCACCACCGCCUUGCCCGCUUCGAGGGUCGAGGGCGUAUCAAUGCGGGCCGCUGCAGCUCUUCCUUGUUCGAGUCUCAUCAUACAUCACAAUUUCAAUCUCGUUUAUUCACGCACCGUGGCCAUUCGUGUUGUUUGGUCCUUCUUGUUGAAGUGCUGUUCGAGCUGGAAAGCGAAAAGCGCAGUCUGUUUCCAGUUAGCUUCAAAGGUGGCCAGGCUGAUGGGACAGGGGAAGCGAACAAGCAGCGUGACGCUACGGACCUUGCGCCUGCAUUCCAACUUUGGGAAGGAAAGACCCACGUUGUUCCGCUCCGCGCAUCGCUCGCCGUCCUACCAGCCUUCCCUGGUCACCUAAGAGAGACGACCAAGACAACAACCUCGUCGAACCUUCAACCUCUUUCGCCCUGCAAUCGGCAGCGACAUCUUCUCCUCUACCUUGCACCGUCAACGCGCUUCGACGACGAUUCAUCCUCACGAUUCUCCGAUGCCAGCCAGCCCGUCCGUCUGCUCAAUUUCGCCCGGCGCGUCCAUCCCCGCUGCGUCAAUUCGUCACUCGCCCGCAAAUUAGAACCGUGGAUCAUCGGAACAACGACAAUACGAGCGCGUCAUCCCUUUUCACUUCUGCUGCAAAACGCGUUGCUCAACAUCACCUUUCGUCUUUUAUCGCACAAGACGCGCGAGCCAGACAUCUCUACGCACCACCAUUAUCGUUAUCUCACCCCUCUCCCCGAAUACAACCCAGCCGACGCUCGUUGCAUCGCGACGUAA